GGAGACACCGACAGAGUUCAAAAAUGUCCAGUCCAAGCGUAUCCAGGUUUUGUUGCUGUGGAUUCCUCACAUACCUUGUGCUUUUCUCUUUUUACAUUUCGAAAACGUCGUCAGUGAGCCUCGACUUGACUGAACUUAGAAACAAAGUUGCAAAGAUCAAAGUAAACCCCAGAGGAAAUUUAUGGGCAACAGGUCAUUUUAUGGGGAAGAAAAGUGUCGUGGACAGCAAACACUUGCCGACCGAGGAUGAGUCCACGAUGACAGCCGUCGAGGCUGCGCUGAACGCCCGGCAGGUCGAGCCCGAGGAUGUUUUCCAGGAGAUGCUGAGAGUCGCUCUGCAAACACACCUCGACACGCGCCACAUCCGCCCGAACGUCCCGGAGACUGCAAUAUUAAUGAAGAUAUUAGAAAGCUACAUUCAAGACAAUAAAUGAUGAUGAUGACUUCCGUCAGCUGAGAUCUUCACAGUUUAAUUCACUUGGAAUUUGUAAUUGCUUUUUCAUCAACUGUAAUUUGUUUCAUAACUAUGCCUAACCAGCUCCAUGUCA